AUGCCGUCCAACAUCAUAAACUCGCCGUUCUCGACCUCAAUUCCGCCAGGACACGGCGAGGUUGUCCUCUCGAUUCUUCCUCCCGGUAUCCCUUCUAUUAGUAUACUCUCGUACAGAUAUCCUCUGAAGUUGAUAUCGCGCAUACCCGCCUGCAGACUCGAUUCCAAGUACCCUGCCUCCGCGACCAGACCAGUACACCUCUAUCUCCUUUCUUACGGCGGAGGAUUCCUACCAGGUGAUCAUAUUGAGGUAUCGAUAAAACUGCAGCCGCGAAGUCGCCUCGUUGUUACUACUCCGCAGGGUAGCACGAAAAUAUACAAAACGGAGUCCCAAGCGGAGCGCGAUAAGCGGACCGUUCCUGGUUCCAAACUGGACAGAAGCCAGCAGAUAAUAAACGUGGAACUGUCCGCUGAAUCUGGUCUAUGCUACUUGCCUGACCCGGCUGUGCCGUUUGAAAAGAGUAGAUACGAACAGAUUCAGCGAUUUACGCUACUUGAGGGCGAAGAUUUGAGCAGGACUACAGCUCCAUCAGCCAAAGAUGGAGAAAAGGACAAGAGCUGUCAUCUGGCCAGCCUCUGUGUACUCGACUGGGUAACAGAGGGUCGCAGUGCAAGAGGCGAAAACUGGGCGUUUGAUCUAUGGGAGGGUCGCAAUGAGGUAUGGGUCCGGGACUGCAAAACGGGCAAGACAAGGCUCCUCGUCCGCGACACGGUAAUCUUAUCCGAUGAGACCAGUGCAUCAAACGAGAACGACACUCCUAACGGAGACAUUAGGCAGCAUAAGCGUCAGGCACAGUUUUCUGCAACUCCUCUUCCGAUCUCUUCUCGGACGGCUCCUCACGGCGUGUUGGGAACGUUGAUUCUAUACGGACCCCUAUUCGAUUCUCUAUCCGCAUGCUUCAUGGAAGAAUUCUCCUCCAUGCCCCGAAUCGGUAAUCGCUAUGGACCGUCUUCUCAGCCUGCCCACGAAACGGGCACCAGCAAAACCAGCAAUGUUACGUGGACAGCAGCACGCGUCCGCUCACGCUUCGUGAUUGUUAAAUUCGGUGCACCAGAUUUCGAGUCAGCCAAAUGUUGGCUAGGAGGCAUACUUCGCAAAGAAGGUAGUGUCCAGAAGGAAUUUGGUGAAGAAGCACUCUUGUAUCUCUAA